AUGCUCAGAAAACUAGCCAUGAGUACUAUCGCUAACACCGGUAAAAUCGUACCCAACCGGGCAUUGUUCCAAAACAUCAGCAAAGAUGUAUGGUCUUUGACCAACGAAGCAGCAGCCGUUGCAUCUCAAAAUGCUCAAAACCAAAAUCGCGAAUUGAUCAACUUGGGACAAGGCUUUUUUUCUUAUUCACCACCAGAAUUCGCGAUCCAAGAGGCUCAAAAGGCUCUUACGUCUCCUUUAGUAAACCAAUACGCACCUACUAAAGGCCGUCCCUCACUUAUAAAAUCGCUUUUGAAGCUCUACUCACCUUUGUACGGUAAACAGCUGGCUCCCGAAAACGUGCAGGUCACCACCGGUGCUAACGAAGGUAUUUUAUCUUGUUUGGUUGGUCUGCUAAACCCAGGUGACGAAGUUAUCGUGUUUGAGCCCUUUUUCGAUCAGUACAUCUCCAACAUUCAAAUUCCAGGCGGGAAAGUCACUUACGUGCCCCUGCACCCACCAAAGGAGAUUUCUGAGCGUCCCACUCAGGGUACAGAAUGGCGUGUGGAUUAUGACGAGCUACGCCGCGCUGUGACGUCCAAAACCAAAGCUUUGAUCAUCAAUUCGCCCCACAAUCCAGUUGGUAAAGUUUUCACGCGCGAAGAACUGCUAGAAAUAGGCCAGAUCUGCGUGGACAACAACAUCAUCAUAAUUUCCGAUGAGGUUUACGAAAAUUUGUAUUUCACACCGGAAUUUACUCGUAUUGCCACGUUAACACCGGAAAUUGGGCAACUCACAUUGACUGUGGGUUCGGCAGGCAAAACUUUUGCCGCUACCGGAUGGAGAGUCGGCUGGAUCGUAUCUCUGAACCCAGACCUCUUGAAAUACGCAUCUAUGGCCCACACUCGAAUCUGUUUUUCCACGCCAUCUCCUUUGCAAGAGGCCUGUGCCAACGCUCUUGAAAUCGCUGUUGAAAAUGGGUAUUUCGAGGACAUGCGUCAGGAAUAUAUUCGUAAAUUCAACAUCUUCACCAAAGUUUUCGACGACUUGGGACUACCAUACACCAAGCCUGAAGGUACUUAUUUCGUGGUUGCCGACUUCUCAAAGGUCAAAAUCCCACACGAUUACCCAUUUCCAGAAGAACUUCAAUCCAAGGCCAAAGAUUUUAGAAUAUCCUACUGGCUAAUCAAUGAACUCGGUGUUGUUGCAAUUCCACCCACUGAAUUCUACAUUCCAGAGCAUGAAAAGGUCGCCGAGAACUUGUUGAGAUUCGCCGUUUGCAAAAGUGACGAAUAUCUACAAAAUGCUGUUGAAAGACUGAAACUACUGAAGAACUACAUUUAA